CCCUGUUCCUUAUCAGCGUCCGCCUGCGGCGAGGAGUUGCCAUCUUUGUCUCCACACGAGUGGUUCUCGUGGGAGCCACCGCUUCGCGCCUUGGGCCCCCUUCUCUUGCCUACCUUAUUUUCGACAAUUCUGCAGGGACUUCCGGGUCUGCUUGGAAGUAAAGGAGAUACGGGAUUUCCAGGAAGAGAUGGUUUACCUGGUCCCCCUGGGAUGCCUGGACUUCCAGGACCAAAGGGUAACACGGGUUACCGUGGACCCCCAGGGUUUCCCGGAAUGAAAGGAGAACCCGGCAUAUGCACUGUGGACCCCAGCUCCGGCCAUUGCGUCGGGCUGGUAGGGCCCCCUGGCCCUAAGGGCGAACGCGGCUUCCCGGGUGAAAGGCUCAAAGGAGAGAUGGGCUUCAAAGGGGAAAAGGGAGAGCCGGGAGAUGGAUGGCUUCACCGGCCUAGGAGAGAUGGCGGAGAUGCAACGAAC